AUGGGAUGUUUUCAAGGUAAUCCAGGUUUCCUUUUCGGCCUACCGUACUCGCUCCAGGAUCAUGGCGUCUCGACAUCGGACUGAUGCUCCUUUACCAGAUGACGCUCUUCUUUUCCGCUCAAAUGCUCUUCACGAUCUUUCUUGAGUUUAUGCCAAAGACGUAUUGCACCUCCGAUAAUUACUGCUACCGCAUGAAGAACAAGUGUCUCACCGACUUUGUUCGCCACAAAGACAGCGAAGUCUGUCCGUACAACAUGACCAACUUUGUGAGCUCUUUUUCUGAAAAUUUUUAAUGGUAGUUAACAUUUGUAGGAGCAAUGCGUCACAGAAGCCAAGACAGUUGACUUUCGCUCGGCCCAGUUCGACUAUCAACAGGAUUGCACCGGCCUUAAGCAGUAGGCUCCUUCUUUCUGCUCUUCUACCGUAUUCUCUGUUCAGUUUCUCUUCCUCGACGGCCACAUUUAUCGGCGCUCUGCUCGGAAACCUAGUGCUCGGCUACCUUUCCGAUACGAUUGGCCGUCGUCCCGUCUACAUCUUUGCUAUUCUCUUGGGAGUUCCCGCCCUCAUCCUCGCAGCUGCCAUCGACGGCGUUCUCAACUUCUACAUCUUCCGCUUCGUCGUCGGAUUCGCCCUUGCGGGCACUGUGACGGUCGGAUGGACGUACGGAUCGGAGAUGAUCACUCCUACCAGACGACUCCGAUUGAGAACAUUCCCGAAUUGGGCGAACGCGAGAAUGAUGCAAGUCGGAGUGUCGUAUCUGGCUGGAGAAUGGCGUCUGGCGUCCUAUUUAUGUGCAGCCCUCUCCACAACCAUUCUUCCGAUGAUCUGGUAUCUGCCUGAGAGCCCCGUGUUUUUGGAGCAAAAGGUAUCAUUUCGUUUCACUUGAGAAGUUGAUGGAGCAUCGAGAGCUUCCGUUUUCCAGGGAAAGUUCGAUCGAGCGGACAAAUCUCGCGAGAAAAUCGCCAGAAUUUGCCAGGAAGAAUUCGAACCGAAGCCACGAGAUGAACUGAAAAAAUUGAAAAAGGUGACUCCGAUGAAACUGUGGAGGAAUCCGACCCUUCGGAGGAACUUUCUCGUUCUCUGCUGGAUGUGGUUCUACGUGGGAAUGUCUGUGUACAUCACUGAUCUGAAUAGUGGCGACAUGGCCAAGAACUUCUACGUGGGACAGUUCCUCUGUGGAUUGGUGCUCACAGUUUCGAAGAUUGUGGGUUCCCUAAAAACAAACGCAAAAUCUGACCUAACUUUUAGCUUAUUGGACUCGUGGAGCCAAAGAUCCCGUGGUUCGGCCGCCGUCUUCUGUUCAACGUUUCCCAGAUCAUUGCGAUUCUUGCCUACAUCACCAUCCUCUUGGCCCUCUGGACACACAGCAAAGAGUCUUGGUGGUAUACUGUCGCCUACAUGAUCGCCUACGCAGGACAAUCGCUCUGUCUGGAGACGUGCUAUCUGUCUCUAGCCGAAUUGAUGCCGACUGACGUGCGUACCACCGCCGGAGCAUGCACAAACAUUCUGAUGAAAGUCGGAACUAUUCUGGCGUCCACCACGAAACCUAUCAAGUUCUGGUACGAGCCGCUUCUUUUCAUCAUCAAUCUGAUAAUUUGUUCCAUCGGAUUGGUCGUUGUUUGGAAGUAUCUUCCGGUAAACAGAUUCAGAACAGAAAUUAGACGGAUGUUUGUGCUCAGGAAUCGAAGAAUGUGAACAUGCAAAUGGUUGGUCAGAAGGAAAUCCGCGGAGAUGACGAAGAAGAGGAGAGCGAUGAUGUUGAGAAGGAAGACGGCGCUGAGCCGUCGAACAAAACGGAGAAGAGCGCGGCUUCCGCGACGUCUGAGCAAACGAAGACUGUUGACGACGACAAAUCGGAGAAGUCUGAAAAGACCGCGGCAUCCGAGAAGUCUCAAAAAUGA